AUGAGGAAUGCUGCUAAGCUUCCACAUAUUUCCGGAGCCCAGCCGCUGGAAAGCAUCGUGGUGAAGAUCUCCAACGUGGAGUCCACGUUCACGGGGUGGUGGUGGGCAGGAUCAAGGAUGGGUUUCCACACCUCUUGCAGGUCGGGGAGUUUAGCAUUGAGACUGGAGGGAUCGGUCAUCCUGUGUAAACAGGUCGAUCAGCCAGGGAUAAUUGGGAAAGCUGGCGGUCUGCUCAGCGUGAACGUGAGCUUCAUGAGCGUGGGGAUGACAUCGCCCAGGAAGCAGGCAGUGAGGGCAAUAGGCGUGGAUGAGGAAGGAAGUGCUGCACAGGAUCCGGGCCAUCCCAACGGUAGGAAGCUUCCUUCUAUCACAGGUUGA